AUGAACAGUGAACAAAAUAAGAGAAUGAACAAUACGGAACAAAGAACGGGUAAUGUUGCCGCGUAUUUUCACAAUAUUAUAAAGAAUUUAAUACAAACAAAUAACGGCACCCGAAGCUUUUUCUUAAGGACUGUAGACUGUCACGACCAAGCGGCACCUUUCGAUGAUUCACAAUAUACAACAAUUUCAAUAACACACACAGACCAUGACAUAUCACAAAUUACAGACGGAUUUUUAACAUUCAAGAUAAGACAGAAAGGAUAUUUCGUUGGUUUGAAUCCAGCAUUUAAAGAUAAUGACCCCAAUCACUUAUUUAAAUCAUUCAUUGGCUUAAAAUCUUCCUCUCAUAUAUUGGACCAGUUAUUUAUAAAUAACCGUAAUAAAUCGACAGGAUACACACAAAACGAGAUGGUAAGAGAAGGGUUCGCAUAUUCAACACUAAAACCACACAAUGAAAAGAAAACGAAGAAAUAUACACACUCAUUAUAUGAGAACGUUGAAAAUUAUUCAGAGUCAGCCGCUGGUGUUUUCGUUAAUCUUGCAGAUUAUGCAGACGGAAAAGAACAUAUCGAAGAAUAUGAAAUAAAUAUUCCAUUCGAUGACAUUUUAGCCCUUCAAGCGUUUGACAUGUUCCCCAAUUUCUGUGUGGGUGAUAUUGAAUUGAAAUUUUACAUAAAGAAAAAGGGUUUCGUUUAUGCUCUAUUGAAUCCAGAAAAAGUCAGAGAUUAUAAAGCAAUUAGAGAGGGCGAAGAUUUGAACGCUACGUUUUCAACAACUACAGGAUCUGGUUUUACUCAUGCAUUUUCACAGGUUAAUAACCCAAGUUAUGGUUUCACAAAUGUGAGCAAAAGAACUGAAACAAUCGGUGGUCAAAGUGUUGACAUUUACACACCUGAGAGCGGUGAAAUAAGGUAUAUCAUGACUGGCUUAAGUGCUCAAUCAAUUAAAUCAAACAUGUAUGGCUUCAAAAUUAGUGAAAGGUCAAAACAAUCAAUAUAUAAUUUAUUUAAACAGCCAGUUUACAUUCCAUCACAAGAAUUAAACUAUAACGCUUUUCCAUUAGCAGCAACUCAGGCAGGUAUUCAAUCAACAUUAAACAUUCCGUUGGAUAAUGUCACGUGCUUUUCUGUAAUGUUCCCCAAACAUGAUAACGAUUAUACAGUAUUUGAAAACCCAAUUUAUGAUAACUGUCAAUUAACCGUUAAGGAUACCCUUACGUGUCAGAUUUUUUGCGCAUACGAAGAAGUCAUGCUAGACAUGAGCUAUAAACCUGAAAUUUUAGCAACAUAUUUAAAACUUUUUAAACUACAAUACACUUUAAUAUUCAAGAACAAAAAUAUUCUUUUUAGAAAUUACAUAAUUAUUUUAUGUGAAAUCUAUAUAAAAACAUAUUUUGCGAGCGUAACUUUUUUCUUUAUAAGCAUCUUAUAUGACUGA